AAAGUUAAAGACUAGUAUAGAAACCAACGUCACACUACAUACAGCCAUUUCAGUGAAGACAGAGUUGUUUAAUAGUUUAAUGUAAAAUAUACAUCACAACACAUACGACACAAGUAUUGAUGUUUUUAUUUAUUAAUUAUUAGUAUAGCUGCAGCUAGUACUUCUGAAAGUCCUCUUCCGGUUUCCAUAUUUCAGCUUCGUAGCGGUUCAAUAGUAAAAUGUUAAAUAUUGGCGAACGGCGUUCCGGUGUUCGCCAGAGACCCGCUGGAUUUGUUCAAGACUUUGAUGAGCUCCGAAACCAAUGCUUAAAACAAAAAAUACUAUUUAAAGAUCCAGAAUUUGAUACAUACGAUUUAUCUGUAUUUCACAAAAAUCUCCAAAAAAAUCAGCUUGAGUGGCGGAGACCAAAGGAAAUUACAAAUGAUCCCAAAUUUUUCGUGCAAGGAGCUUCGAGAUUUGAUGUAAGGCAAGGAUAAUUAGGUGACUGUUGGUUAAUAGCUGCCAUAGCAAAUUUGACUUUGGAUGACAAACUUUUUUAUAAAGUAGUGCCUUUCGAUCAAGGAUUCCAUAUUAAAUACGCUGGAAUAUUCCACUUUAAAUUUUGGCAGUUUGGGAGAUGGGUUGAUGUUGUUAUUGACGAUCGUUUACCGAUUUAUAAAGGAAAGUUAUUAUUUCUUCAAUCAUCAACCAAAAAUGAAUUCUGGAGUGCUCUAUUGGAGAAGGCUUAUGCCAAAAUGAACGGUUCAUACGAAGCUUUGGAAGGAGGUUUCACAAUGGAGGCUAUGGGAGAUUUCACUGGUGGUGUGUCAGAAAUAUUUGAACUGAAUAAUCCACCAUCUAAUUUGUUCAUGAUUAUGCUAAAUUCAUAUCAACGAAAAUCGCUCAUGUGUGGUGCAAUACUCAAUUCGCAAUCGCCUGACCCAACCAAAACAGGAUUAAUCAAAGGCCAUGCAUAUAGUAUUACCAGGAUAACUUAUAUACCUUUACCAACAAGAAAUAGUAUAAUACCUUUAGUUAGACUUCGAAAUCCUUGGGGUAAUGAUAGUGAAUGGAACGGCCGUUGGAGUGACAAAUCAGAUGAAUGGUUAACUAUACCCCCACAAUUACAACAAUCAAUAGGUCUUAUAAAAGAAGAUGAUGGCGAAUUUUGGAUGUCUUACGAAGAUUUUGUCAAAUAUUUCACUGCAUUGGAAAUUUGUCAUUUAGAUCCUGAUUAUCUAGACAGGGAACAAUUUGGGACAGGAGUGCAAAAAAAAUGGGAUCUGAGUAUAUUUGAAGGCGAAUGGGUCCGUGGUGCUACAGCUGGUGGCUGUGAUAAAUUUCAAGAUACGUUUUCAAGUAAUCCUCAGUACUAUGUAACAUUAGUAGAUCCAGACGAUAAUGACAAUAAGCAUACUUGUACCGUAAUUAUUUCAUUGAUGCUCAAGGAUAUGCGCUGCCAAAAGAAACACAGGGAUACAUCACUGUCAUUUGGAUUUUAUGUUUAUAAUCUCAACACUUCAGAGUCUGUGCCGAAACCAUUGGACACAAAUUUUUUUAAAAAUAACCGUCCUUUAGAUAAGUUCUUUAAUUGUCCUGAGUUCAAACCAAGAGAAGUCUGUAAGAGAUUGAAUGUACCUCCUGGUAAAUAUUGUAUUGUAACUUGUACGUCUAACCAGAAUGAACAAGGCUCGUUUUUACUCAGAGUAUUUUCAGAAAAAAAAAACAAUUUGGCGGAGUUCGAUAGUGAAGUGGGAAUGGUUGAGAUCGACAAUAAGAUAAAAGAAUUGGCACUUUACAGUAACAAAAGUGACGAUUCUAAUGAAAAAUUAAAAAAAUAUUUUCUCAAAGUAGCUGGGAGUGACAAAGAGGUCGAUUGGAUGGAUCUUAAAAAAAUUUUGGAUUUUGCUAUGAAAGAUACUGGGAACACAACAUUUUCAAAUGAUGUAUGCCGGUGCUUCAUAGCUAUGAUGGAUUGGGAUAGAUCAGGUAAACUUGGUUUUAAAGAAUUCCAAAGACUAUUGGUGGACAUUAGACAGUGGCAGGUUGUUUUUAAAAUGUAUGAAAAAAAAAACAAGGGUUAUAUCAAAGGGUUUGAACUAAGACCAGCCUUAAGUUCAGUUGGUUACCAUAUUAAAACACGAACCAUAAAUACCAUGUGCCAUCGAUAUGGGAACCAUAAAGGAUACAUAAUGUUCGACGAUUUCAUCAUGUGUGCCAUUAGACUUAAAACCACGAUAGAUAUUUUCAAAGAACAUGAUAUUGAAAAUAAAAACAUUGCCUCAUUUACUUUGGAAGAAUGGGUGGAAAAAACAUUUUACUCGUAAAUUUAAAUAUAAAUUUUAUUUUAUUUUUACGAACAUAAUAAUUUUUUUUUUGAAAAUAAUCUUUUACCGUUAUCGAUGCAAUAACUUAAAAGUUUAGUUUUGCAUUAGUCAUAAACCAUAACCAUGUAACUUAUCAAGAAUUAAAUGAUAAUAUAAUAUAAUACCAUAAAUAUUUGUAUUGAUAUUUAUUUUUAUUUAGGUAA